AUGAUGUGCCUGGAAAGCGACGGCUCCUCCGGCAGUAGCCCGGGUUGUGGCGGACGGCUCCGUGCCGGUGACGAAGAAGAAGAGGAGGACGGUGAACGGGGUUGCUGCGGACGGGGAACGGAAGGAGAGGUGCAAACCUUGUCGGGCAGAAUGAACCCGCCUGCAACCGGCAAACAUUCGGAGCGACCGGGUGCUCGCCCUAAAGCGCCGGGUCUCGGCCGCGCCCGGGUGGCAGCCGCUGGUAUCCUCAGCGUGGGCAACGUGCUCAACUACCUGGACCGGUAUACGGUGGCAGGUGUGUUACUAGACAUCCAGCAGCACUUUGGAGUCAAAGACAGUGGGGCUGGCUUACUGCAGACAGUUUUCAUCUGUAGCUUCAUGGUGGCAGCACCUAUCUUUGGUUACCUUGGUGACCGUUUCAACAGGAAGAUCAUUCUCAGCUGUGGGAUCUUCUUUUGGUCAGCUGUCACUUUUUCAAGCUCCUUCAUCACUGAACAGUAUUUCUGGCUUCUGGUGCUCUCAAGAGGUUUGGUUGGCAUCGGGGAAGCAAGCUACUCCACUAUUGCACCAACCAUCAUAGGAGACCUUUUCACCAAAAACACCAGGACCCUGAUGCUGUCUGUUUUCUACUUUGCAAUUCCUCUUGGCAGUGGCUUGGGAUACAUCACUGGGUCAAGCGUGAAGCAGGUCGCUGGAGAUUGGCACUGGGCGUUGCGGGUAUCUCCACUCCUGGGAAUGAUAACAGGGACACUCAUCUUGAUAUUUGUACCUGCUGCUAAAAGAGGAAAUGCUGAACAACUCGGGGCCCAGCUGAAGGCUCAGACCUCCUGGCUGAGAGACAUGAAAGCACUGAUUAGAAACCGCAGCUACGUAUUCUCAUCGUUGGCCACCUCAGCUGUCUCCUUUGCCACAGGGGCACUGGGCAUGUGGAUCCCUCUCUACCUUCACAGAGCACAGGUGGUGCAGAAGACAGCAGAAACCUGCAGCUCACAGCCCUGUGGCACGAAAGACAGCUUGAUCUUUGGAGCAAUCACCUGCUUCACUGGUUUCCUGGGUGUGAUCACAGGGGCAGGGGCAACCAAAUGGUGCCGGUCGAAAACCCAGCGAGCUGAUCCUCUUGUCUGUGCUGUUGGCAUGCUGGGAUCAGCCAUCUUCAUCUGUCUGAUCUUCGUGGCUGCCAAGAGCAGCAUCGUGGGAGCCUAUAUUUGCAUUUUUAUUGGAGAAACUCUUCUGUUUUCAAACUGGGCUAUCACAGCAGACAUACUGAUGUACGUGGUCAUCCCAACACGCCGUGCAACCGCAGUGGCCUUGCAGAGUUUCACUUCACACCUCCUGGGAGAUGCUGGCAGUCCUUAUCUGAUUGGAUUUAUCUCAGACCUGAUACGGCAAAGCACAAAGGAGUCCCCAGUCUGGGAGUUCCUCAGCCUGGGGUAUGCACUCAUGCUCUGCCCCUUUGUCGUUGUCCUAGGAGGGAUGUUCUUCCUGGCCACAGCCCUCUUCUUCCUAAGUGACCGAGCCAAAGCUGAACAGUGA